CAGGAGCUGGAUUUGAGUCGAAGCAAAGCUAUGGUUCAGGGUUUUUCCAUAUGAAGGUUAAGUUGCCGGACAAGGUUUCUUCUAGAGUUGUCGUUACUUUCUAUCUGACUUCAAAGGGAGAUGGGCGCGACGAGCUGGACUUUGAAUUUCUAGGUAACAAUGAAAGCAAACCAUACACUUUACAAACCAAUGUUUUUGUACAUGGUGUGGGGAAUAGAGAGCAAAGAUUUUCCCUCUGGUUCGAUCCCUCAGCAGAUUUCCACGAUUAUAAAAUUCUUUUGAACCAAAAGCAAAUUGUAUUUUACGUGGAUGACACACCAAUAAGGGUUUUCAAGAACAACUCGGAUGUUGGAGUUGGAGUUGGGUACACAACACAGGCAAUGCAAAUAAUGGGUACCAUUUGGCACCCGGACAACUGGGACAAGAUUGAUGCAGGCCUAACUGACACUAACUGGAACCUUGCACCAUUCAUCGCUCACUACCAAGGGUUUGACAUCGACGGCUGCCAGGCUCAGGGCUCUAGCAUUCAGGAAUGCUAUUCCCCUCGCUACUGGUGGAAUGCAGAGAAGUACUGGACAUUACAGCCUGACGAGCAGAGCAAGUUGGAGAAUGUGAGAAAGACUUACAUGAUCUAUGACUAUUGCACCGAUAAGCAACGGUUCCCUACGCCUCCUGCGGAAUGCAGUUACAAUCAGUAGUAUAUGGCAAAUAAAAAGCUUAUACAGAA